AUGUCGAUGUAUUCAACGACGGAUAAAAUGAAAUCGCUCUCUACCUGCUUUCCUGGUCGUAAGCCCGAUUACAGAGGUCCGGAUCUGAGGAGAUGUAUGCCGAAUCCUUCUACCCGUAUUUUAGAAGACGCUUCCCUUUUAUGCAAUUCUUGGUCAGCUCGUCAGAAUGGUGACAUAUUUGCGGGAAUCAAUGAUGGUAUCCUUAGUAGAGCGGAAGCACUGGCGGCGGUAGAUAUGGGUAAACAUCAAUCCACACAUCAUCACAGUCAAAUGCCGGGUCAAAUCAAACAUGACGUUAUGUACCAUCAUCAUAGUAUGGCUGGACCUCCGCAACGACCACUACAGAUGCAUCAUACGAUGGAUCAGUUGGAUAUGUUGGACCCAACGGGGCCAAUGACGACGUUAGCGCCCAUGUCAGACACAUCAUUAACACCGACCCAUCAGCAUUUACAUGGAUCGUAUCAUAGUAUGAACCAUAUGAUGAGUCAUCACCACCCUGGCGCUUUAAGUGGGCAUUCUACAAAUCAUGGACAUUCUGCAGUACAUCAUCCUGUUAUAUCUGCAGCGGUGGCUGCGGCUGGACUUCAUCCCGACACUGACACGGAUCCUAGGGAAUUAGAAGCAUUCGCAGAAAGAUUUAAACAACGACGAAUAAAGUUAGGCGUUACGCAGGCUGAUGUAGGUAAAGCUUUAGCAAAUCUAAAAUUACCGGGAGUUGGGGCGCUUUCUCAAAGUACAAUUUGCCGAUUCGAAAGUCUUACAUUGUCACACAACAAUAUGAUUGCAUUGAAACCAAUCCUACAGGCGUGGUUGGAAGAAGCGGAGGCGCAAGCGAAAAACAAACGAAGGGAUCCAGACGCCCCCAGUGUACUUCCAGCUGGUGAAAAGAAAAGAAAAAGGACUUCCAUUGCGGCGCCUGAAAAACGUUCCCUGGAAGCGUACUUUGCCGUUCAACCGAGGCCUUCUGGUGAGAAAAUUGCUGCUAUCGCUGAGAAAUUGGACUUGAAGAAAAACGUGGUGCGUGUCUGGUUCUGCAAUCAAAGGCAAAAACAAAAACGUAUAGUUAGUAGUGUUACUCCAUCAAUGACUGGGCAUGGAUCAGCGGGAUUCGGAUACUGAUAGUCGUUUUUUUCUGGAGACUUUUACCUGUAGCUCUGCCACAACACAUAGCCAUGAUACAUAUUCUUGGAGAAGAAAAAUUGUAAUCAACGAGCGCAAUUUUGACCAAUCAUUAAAAAACUUAACAGGGUUAAUUAAAUUCUUUUAUUGAAGAAUUUAUAUUUUCGAGAUGUAUCCCGUAAAAUUUAAGGACGGUACUUUACCAAACCAUAGAUCCUGUGGAUAAUUGACGUGGUUCUUAUGCUUCCUUUAAAGUAAUUCAUUAAUAGAAAUACAUAAUACGCAACGAAUUUAAUUGUUGCCAAACAUUUAGGUGUACAUAGAUAAGUAGUUUUGUAUUUACGUAGCAUGAAAUUGAAUAAACAAAUUGUAAAGUGUCGAAAGUUAUUGUAAAUAUAUAUAGAUACACACGUGCAUAUAUAACUAAGGUCAUAAUUAAUUAUGUAUAUGAAAAUUUAUUUUGAAUACACAUUGAAAUUUUUAAUUUCGAACAUUAACAACAUCAAAUAAUUGUAGUGUUCUACUUUGAUAGCAAGAUUUGAAAGAAAUAAAAAUCACAAGAACUUGUAUAAAUAAUUUUUUUUUAUUUAUAUAUGAAUACUUACAGACCCAUCCUCGCGUUGCUGCGACGAAAGUAUAAGUAAAAUUAUAUUGUGGUAAACUACUCAACACAUUGAAAAUAUUCUUUACAAAUAAAAACUAAAACGUUGUCAUCGAUAUAAGAAUCCACUGCGUUGGGAUUUGAACUUAAGGUUGAAAUUUGAUAAUAACUAAUCGACAUUUUUAUAGAGCUAAAAGAAUAGCUAACUGCAACCGUCUGAAUCGAAUCGUAAAUUAUAAAGAUUUCACUGGAUUAGGUGGUAACAGAACCAUUUUUCAUUUAAACUUUCCAGUCAAAAUGUUUGCUCCAAUAACACUGGUUAACACUGUUUUUGUGACAUGAACUUUGUGAUGAUUUUUGUUUAUGUUGGUGUACCCUAAUUAACAGUAUAUCAUAAUUUUAUUACAAUCACGUCCAGAUUUUGUGUGACAGCUACAUAUUUAUUUCUGAUCUCAUACACGUGUGUUUUUUAAAUAACCUCAUUUAUGCGACUGUAUAAGUACUGCAUUGGACUAACUUACAUCAUAUCCACGUUUGUUACA